AUCUGAACAGUACCGCGGACUCCUCAACUUAGCUGGUACGAGCUAAUCUAAUCUAUCUUCCUGCCUGGAUUUUCACUUGUAGCACUUCUAGUUUACUUUAGCAGUAAUUCUAGUUGUGUAUUUCCUACAUAUUCAGUGCAUUUUUUCUACCGAAUUCAUCUAUAGUAUUCAUUAUGUGUUCUGCUUCCAAAGACGUUCGAUCCAACGUUUUUUUCAUUGAAGUUGAGUUUUUAAAUCUUCGUAAAGUUGGGAAAACUGAGAGAAGCAGCGAACUACGAUCAACUUUACACUUAAAUGAAAAGAUCAUCAAGUAUGGUAACUCAGGUUUAUUACUUGAAUCGAAUGGAGCGUUAGUGUCUAAUGUUGAACGUGAUUUUUUAUCUUAAAACUAAAAGAAGCACAUUUUUUUUACAUUCGAAGACAUUUGUCUUUGAAAUCAAUGUUCUCUCGUUUUGAAAUUAUAUAAUGAAUAAUACGGGUGUUAUGCUUAGAGUAUCAGUCAGAUAAUAACGAAUCUUUCGAAAGGGUCUCAAGAGCCUCAUGGAAUCUUAUAUAUCAACUGGCUAUUAUCACCAGCCGUGUCGAGUUCAGAUCUCCAUAUCCGUGAUAUAACAUUAAUUUACAGUUUAAGGUUCAAUAGUGUGGCUCAACCCUAUACAUUUUUAUUUCUUUGAUAUUUUACCACUAUUCAUAAUAUACUUCUUAGUCCUAUCUUUUAGCUUUCUAGAUUCUCCUGGUCAUCCUGAGGUGGUGUUGUAUUUUACAAUGUUAUAUAUUUGUUGUGAAUUGAAAUCAUACAGUUGUAUGGGAGAUUAUUCUAAUACUGAAUGGGAUCUGAGCAAAAUAGUUGGACUGGGCAAUUAGUACACAACGCUUAAGCGAUGCGCUGCCGAGAGAUGUAAGAGAGAGGUCUUUUAUGGAAAGUGGACUAGUGAAGACGUCAGAAGGGCUCAGUUAUAUUCCCAGUAAUAAGUCAUGUGCCAAUGCAAUGAAUAAAGCAUGCAGAAUCCUAUAAACUGGGUAGUUGUUACACAUAAUGAAGAAGGCAACGAAAGUUUAUAAACAGAAUACCACUGAAUAAAUUAGUGUGACGAAAAUAUGUUGAAAGUUGACCUUACGAGUUCUCCGUAAAUCGAUAUUGAUUCUCCUUCCCACAAUUUAUAUUUAGGGUUGCACACUCCAAACAUCCUUGUUUAAUGGCUACUUGCUCUUAGGUUUAUUUGUUAUACCGUCUACUUUGACUGUAAUAGUAAUAGCCUUUAAAUAUUUCGGUACAGCCGAGGUUGGGAAGAGUCCGCCCUCUCUCGAAAUGCUUUCACAUGGCCACGCGUAUAUAGCUACUGCCAGGAAAGUCUUACUGCCUUCUCGAGGCAAGGGUGUUGUUCAAAAAAUUGAGAAGACGAAAAGCAAAUGUCCGGCGCUUUGACCGGGUUGGUGGAUAUGGAGGAUCCAUCUAGGGGAGUUGGAAAAACCUGUUUCCAAACCAAUGGUUCAUAUGGGCUCCAUGAUCCUUGGGGAACAAAAGGCGUAUGAGCCUAUUGUUAGUCACCGGGUACCAUGUGACUGAAUCUUCUAACGUCGCUCCACUUCCUUGUGGAUCAGACCUUCAGGUCAAAGGCUCGGGGAGUGGCCCCUAAGAAAAUCACCUGCGCUGGUUUGGCCACCCUGGCGGUAUUCCAGCUCUCACACUGAUCGAAUGAUUUGUGUGGCGCACAUGUAUUUGGUGCCAAUGCUGACGUUUAAAUAAAUAAUAAAUAAAAGGAUGAGUCUGUGGGUUUCUUAAUUCUACGUUGGAAUGUAAAUUACAGAUUUCCAUUCUUUAUGUGAGUGAAGCAAAUAUUAUGCAAAUUUGAGCUGUCGUUGUUUGACUGCACCUUGACAGCUGUUAAGAGACAGCUGAAUGACGGACUGGUAGUACGACCGUUAAUAUCGGCUGUAGUGUAUCUCCACAGUAUUGAGGUGGUAUCCGUCAAUAUUCUCAUAAAUUCCAUCAUCGGUUCCUUGAAUGUUUUGGUUUUCUGAAUAGUCUAAUCGUCUUGUAAGUAUGAAAUCUGCCUUUAUAGCCCGUCAUACUGCAUUUAAUGCUUUGAUGGUUAUGUAUAGGUACGAUUUGGCGAAGUGCCAUGCACUGAGACUUGGGUGUAGAUUAUAGGGUUUUCGUCUUCCCUCUGGGUGACAUGUUGCUAGGGUUUAUUGUGAAAAAUACCGAACACUUGAGACUAGAAAUAAAUCUACUAAACGGAACAGUAAGGAUCCGAAAAGCUAGGGACACUCGUCGUUGCCUCUUCGUCGUCUCUGCCUACUCUCCCACUGACUGCAGCUCAGACGAAGUAAAAGAUGAAUUUUACAGAAAGCUUUCCAACCUCCUCCAGAAUGUUAGACGCUCUGAUGUAAUAAUAGUGUCUGGUGACUCCAAUGCUCAAGUAAGUAAAGUAAACGAGAGGAAAGACACCUGUGUGGAUCUUAUGGAGUCGUGGCCCAUAUAAUGGCGACCGUCUGUUGCAGCUAUGCUCAGAUAACCGCCUGUUCCUUGCAAAUACUAACGUUAAGCAUAAGGAAAAACAUUUUUAACAUGGAGACCCCCUAAUUCGUCCCAACGUUGGACCCAAAUAGAUCACAUCGCUAUCAGCCACCGAUGGAGGGGCUCGAUAGAAGACUGUCGCUCAUUCUGGAGCACAUGCUUAGAUUCAGAUCAUACUCUAGUGCGAGCGCGUAUUUGUCUGCGUCUUACUGGACGUAGGAAAGACGCUGCAAGGAAACCUCUUGGGGUCCUGUUUAACGACAGUCAAACUAAGAGUAUAUUUCAGGAACAACUAGGAAAACAGUUAGGCAACCAUGUAGGUGUUGCCCACCCUGAGGCAGCAUGGAAUGAUAUCCGAAAAGCUGUGGAAACAGCAGUGAUAUCUGCUAGUACGGUAAACCAUAAGGUUAGGGAGCAACACUGGAUCUCAGCAGCAUCUAUCGCACUGAUAGAUGCUCGAAAACUCAUUCCAUCUGAAUCCGAACAUAACGAAGAGCGGAGUCAGCUUAAGCGCAAGCUGACAAGAAGCCUACGCAAUGAUCGCGAACAGUGGUGGGUAGCGAAAGCAAGAGAGAUGGAAAAGGCAGCGGCAAUAGGUAAUAGCAGACAAUUGUUCAGACUUGUUAAGGAAACCGGUAUUAGGAAACCGACUGUUAGCGAAACAAUCUCAGAGAAAGAUGGACAUAUUAUACAUUCUCAAUCCAGGAGAUUGGAUCGAUGGGCAGAACACUUUGGGGAUCAGUUCAACUGGUCUUCAGCCACACUUCGGUUUCCAACGAUCUCCAGUCAACCUGAAUGGCAAGUUAUUGUAGGUCCUCCAACUCUUUACGAAGUUGAAAAAGCCAUAGGAAAUCUGAAGCGAGGGAGAGCAGCAGGCCCUGACAGGUUCACUCCUGAGAUUUUUAAUGAUGGUGGUCCAGUAUUAGCAAUGAGAUUGACUGAGGUCUUAGGUAGAAUUUGUGAACUGGACGUAAUCUCAUCUGACUGGUCUCAAUCACUGAUUGUGCCAGUCUAUAAGAAAGGAUAAAAGUCCUCUUGUGACAAUCAUAGAGGAAUCAGUUUGACUAAUAUAGUGUCAAAAAUAUUAGCUUCAAUAAUACUUCGACGCCUAACUAAAGCUCGUGAAGAGCAGACUAGAGAAAACCAGGCUGGUUUUCGACCUGGACGUGGUUGUAUAGACCAGAUAUUCACACUACGUCAGAUUCUAGAACACAGACACACAUUCAGGCACCCCACAAUCGUAGUACUUCUCGACCUUAAGGCAGCAUUCGACUCUGUUGAUCGUGAGGUUCUAUGGCAAUGUUUGUUACUGAAAGGAGUACCAAAGAAGUACAUUAACCUUGUAAAGGCUCUCUACUCAAACACAACUGGUCGAGUGAGAGCUUAUGGCGAACUGUCAUCAGGAUUGAUUACCUCGAGUGGUGUUCGUCAGGGCUGCCCACUCACUCUAUUCUUGUUUAACUUUGCCAUUGAUGUACUUUUAGAGAUAACACUUUCCUCAUUUAAAUUUCCAAGGGUUGAACUUCUACCAGGAGAUUCACUUGUUGACUUAGAAUAUGCCGAUGACAGUUCUAUUUGGUGAAGACGCUGACAAAAUGCAGUCUUCUGACCACUCUAGGCAACAAUGCAGGCAUGUUCGGGAUGCGAUUCUCCCCCUCGAAAUGUAGAAUGUUGCUUCAGGAUUGGGUUGCAUCGUCACCCGGACUAAUGAUAGGGAGUGAAGUAAUUGAGUGUGUCGACCGCUUCACUUAUCUUGGGAGUCUCAUCAGCCCUUGUGGUCUGGUGUGUGACGAAAUCUCAGCAUGAAUACAGAAGGCUGGACUAGAUUUUGCCAACUUGCGUCAUUUUUCGGCGUAGGCGAGAUAUCCGUCUACCAACCAAAGGACGUGUUUACUGCGCAGCAAUUCGUACCGUCCUACUUUAUGGAAGUGAAACAUGGCCGGUAAGAGUAGAGGAUAUUUGUAAGUUACUAGUAAUCGAUCUUAUGCGUCUUCGAAACAUUGCUCGUAUAUCCUGGGACCAUCGAGUAAGUAAUGUAGUUGUUAGGAAACGGGUACUAGGUAAGGAUGGCAAAUCAAUUGAUGAAGCAAUGAAACUUCAUCAGUUGAGAUGACUUGGAGACGUGUUACGUGUGCCCAACCACCGACUGCCCCGACGUGCGAUUUUUUCUGGUAUAGGAAUAGGUUGGAAGAAAGCUAGGAGCGGCCAAACCAAAAUGUGACACAAAUCUAUGAAGUCACUGACAAGUGGACUGAGCCAUAUUGGUAGGUGUAGACUACCUAGUUGGGGUCCGCGAGACGAUAGCAACCGAUGGUUAGAGACCUUGAAUGACAUGGCUCAAAAUCGUUUGCAAUGACGCAGGUGCAUCCACUCUUUGUGUUCUCCCAAAUUCUAAUCUUCUGAAUUCUCCUUGUCUCUUCUUUUCUCUUCCCAAGUUUAUUUCAGUAGAUUGUACUCCUUGAUUAACAUCUUCAAACCCUAAUGUUUCCGAUUACUGCUUAUACUCUUACUACCUCUACCACUACGGGAUUUGAAUCGACAACUGCAUCGCUGUGUUAAUGUGGUAAGGCAACUCGAACUGAUGUACGUUGGUACGAAGUUCUCCGUUGUUACUGACUGACUGAUUAUGAAGUAUAUAAAAUUUGAGAUCACAUUAUCCCUCAGACUGGUCCGAAUCGGUCACAUGUCUAAUGUUCGUUCGCUGUUGAUCUUUAGUAACAACAUCAUUGGAAGUUAACCCAGGGUCUUGGUCGAUGUAAUAAGGCAGAGCAUAUCUAGGGGUCGAAUAUGUUGUAUUAACUCCCAAAGGGGUAUUAGAGAGAAUCUAGAUCAAUUUAGACUUCUGACCCAGCAGUCGUCUGAAUAUAUCGUCAGUACUUUCCACAACCAUCACCCAUCGCUACUGCUGUUCCACACUUACGUCAUUUACGUUUGUUUAGCUUUUGAUCCAAGUUAUUGAAUCCUUCCAUAUUUUCGAUGUACUGUCUGUUAGUUUGUCUUACCUAACAUCAUUUACAUUUAUAAACGCUAUCUGAUUUCAGGAAAGAUCAGCAGUAAGUGACACGAAAAAGUUGAUGCAGUUACAAAUUUCUAUAAUUCGAAGGUGUUAACUUUAGAUACUGUAUGCUAGAUAGUGCAAUACAAUCGAAAAUUACAUCUUAAUUGUCAAAUAAUUUACACCGACCCAUAGAUAAUGCUUUAUAAUGGUCUUCUGAAUAUCCCUUGAAGCACUUGAGGAAGCUCUUAUGUUCAAUUUACUGGUAAGUUUACCAGCUCACACUGGUCUUGAACAGCUUAGUUAAGAAGGUUGAAAAAGACAAGGCAUCUUACAUCGACGGCAGUUCCCAUAUAUUUCAGUUUUUAGGGAAAGCUGUUAUUGAUUUGAAUACUGACUGGUAAUGGCGUUUUUGGUGUCAAGCUUCUGUAAUUACUUACCUGAGUUCCAGUCACAGUUUGUCUGUUAGAUAUCGCCUUUGUUAUCGCUAGCCUAUUCAUUUUGAACAUUGGAACUGCGAUCCAUCGAUCUUAACACUCGAAUGUCAAUCAGUAGGUCAUAGACGCAAAGUCUAGUUCACACACUUGUAACAGUAAUAAAACUAUUGCACAUGAUAUUAUUAACAUUGAACUUGUUCUUUUACCUGCAGGGCGACAAAGGGUGAAUGCGUUGGAGAAAGGAUAUCAAACUCUUAAUAAACUGAACUUUCGAGGCGCCCAUAAAACUGUAUUUUGUAAAAACCUUUACCUUCCGACCACGUUAUUCAAUCUUAAGAAUAUAAUUCGUUGCGCCGGUACUCUGUUCCCUUUCCUCGUAUAUUCAUUAGUUACUGAUUGUGUGAUGUUUCCUAUCCUUCCUACACUCUAGUGAACGGCGCUAGCAUGUGCUGCAUACUGAGGUUUAGACUUCUCAUUAAUAGACUUGGCUCCACGAAAGAGGUUUAAUUCAUAGUUCAUUAUAUAAAGCUGUGCGUGAAUGCUGAGGUAUUCCAUUAAAGCUGUUAUUAUUCAUUACCAAUUGUAAAUCGAAUAGAUUAUGGCAAUAUAUCAUAGUUUACAUUUGUUUCACAAGUGAAUGAGUCUUCGUUUUUACACUAUUACUAUUUCCCAGGAGGACGUUUUUAACUAUUCCUAAUUUUCCGUAAUGGGGAAACCUAGUGGUCCUGCUCCACAAGUUAAUGGGAUUUCUCCAAACCAAGGAACCCCUGGGACAAAACUGACUAUUAGAGGAGAAAACUUGGGGAACACUGCAAGUGAUCUUCUACAUGUAUUCAUUGGUGGGAUAGAUGUUGGAAGAAGUGCUCAAUGGUUCUCACCCAAGAAACUUACUGCCAUUACACCACUGGGAGAAGGUGAACUUGAAAUCGUUGUGGUUACCGAUAGUGGGGGUUUUGGAACUGCUGCAGUAAUUUAUCGCCAAAAUAUCCUCCGCGUAGUCAGUCCACAAACUGUUGUAACUUAUUGGCCAGAAGAUGAUAGACGUGUUGCUCCUACUAGUGGUAGUACUUCUGCAGGAUCAUCCGGAUCUACUGUAGCUGUUGGAUGUGUUCCUGGAGCAGAGCUCGAUCAUUCCACUGGCCUUCCAAUGUCAGAGUUGAGUCGAAUUAGUAUGCCACUGUCAGACUCUGCCUUGAGAGAAAUAUACCCACUUCCUUAAUUUCUUUAAUAGGAUUCAGUCAUAAUCAAAUUAAAGCCUGGGAGAAAUAUGCGUUGGCCCAAGUUGUCAUACCACAUAAGCACGACAAGGUGAAAUUAACAAGAUAAGUUGUGAAUGAAUCGAUGACAAUGAGAAAGAAUAAGAAUUGAUAGUAUGGUGUGGAAAGACAAAGAGAAAAGAUGUUUAUAAACCAGUACUGGUGCUAAAAAUCUAGAGGACGAUAAAGACUGUAACUGUUGUACUGUGGUUUAUUCGAAGUCAUGCCAUCCAAGUUCUUCAACCACUGGUUGCAGUUGUAAAAUAACAUUUCCUGGGCAGUAAUAAAUAACUAAACAGGUUUUUUUCUGAUUAAGCAAUGAUCAUAUGCUGCGUAUUUAGACUGAAAAGAUAUAUAUCUAAAUGUAAAUUAGAGUGAUUUAUGGUUCAGUAUCAUAAUUACGGUUGAAAGAAUGAUUUCAGAUAGAAUAAACAGAAUGAUAUGUUGAAGAGAGUACGUAUGAUAAAUUUCGUAAUCACCAUCUGAUGGUCAAUUAGUAUACUUUUUAUAACUACGGCGCACCUGUUUAUACAUUACUGUAACAAGAUAAAAAGAUAUAUCGAACGAGAUUUGUUAUACUAAGUUAUUUGUUUGAUGUCAGUACACUUCCACCAUCAGAUCCAUUAUCUUCAAUUUAUAUUCUGUUAUUGCAUUUUGGCAGGUGAUUGACAGUUCAAAGCUUUAUCUUCGUUAGUUUAUAUAAUCACAUGUUUAGCCUUAUAGUAUAAGUGGGAAUCUGCUUACCAUUUUAUUCAUAAAUUGUACCAGAUUCACAAACUUGAAUUUGAUUGAUUAAUUUGAAUUCAUUUUAUACUUUCCGGUCCUAAAAGUCAUUUCAAAUAAUUUGUGUUGUACAUUUACGAAAUCCUGCGACUCCUGAUGUGUUUUAAAAUGAAAUGAAUAAAAUAGUUGUUUAAGAAACAACGCAUUUUAUGUACUCAUCAUUCCAGUAAUUCACAGUUGAUGAACACUACUAGUGUCCCAAAUCAUGUCUAGAGUAAUGCUUUUUAAUGAUUAUCAUGUGUUUUAGUUGUAUAUCUUAAGUGUAAUGAAAAUGUCACUAGAGUGAUUUUUAUGAUGUCAGACAUAAAGCUUUUUAAUUCAGGAAAAAUCAUUACCAUCAGUGUGUAAUGUUACCUGGGUUUAUGUACAUGCAGCCUACGCAACACAAUCCUACCAUAAAUAUACAUAUCUUUGUGUUUAACUUUCUAAUGGAUUUAAGAUUUAAUAAUACCUAGUGGUGUAACUCAUUUGUGAAGUGAGGAUUCAUGUACUAAACAUUGAAUUGUAUUAUUAAUUUGAGAACUAUUGCUUACUACCCAGCUGAAAAAAAUAAAGGUAGGUGAAAUGGAGUUCGAACCUGCGAUCAAGUGGUUGAAUGUAGGGUAUGUCAUUCUUUUUCGAUCAUUACUGACUGACUGGAUUAAAGUAGUAACAUGCUCUCAGUGUAUUCUGCUUAUUGCUAUGUUUGAAGAUAUUACGAGUUCACCUAAAUCUGCGAAAGGAACGAUUCAGCGACACAAUGACCAAAUAAGCUAACUAUUCCGAAGCGUCCCAGCCCCACCAACUAGAGAGAGAAGUCUAGGUUCAGACGAAGAAAAUGUACUCCACAAGCAGACAGAAGCACGAACAACAGCGAGCACAACUUAAGCGUAUAUAUACAGCAUAAAAAAUGUCCUUGGGAAAUGUUACAAAAUAGCAUAUUAAAAGAUACAACGAACCAAUGGCAUUUAAGAUCCUCUUAAGUGGGAAAUACGUUGUGAAGGUAAAAAUGGGCGCUUUUGGCGCGAAAACAAGAAAUCCAAAUUCAAAAAAUAAAAUUAAAAAGUGAAACAUUUAUCAAGUGAAUUCUGGGGAUCUAGCAUCCCCAAUACUUUUAUAUUUACUCCUUGAUGAGUCAAUAGUGAAUUAGUGACUAAACGAAGAUUUUAGUGUUUUAUAGGUUUUUCU